GCGCUCUCAUGGUUAAAGUAACAACUGAUAUUCUCUGCAAAUCAAAGUGUGCGUGACCCUUUCUCGCGCACACUUACACGCGCACAGACUUGAGUAUUUUUCAAAGCGGGUUACGCUCGACUCGUCCGUCCACCGCGCUGUGCUCAGCUCCAUUUACGUAAACUGCGUUAUGGUCUCUGGCGAGGCUUUCAUCUGGUUAGCCAAACAUCCACAGAAAAAAGAGAUGAGCAGGAAAACGAGACGAAGAAAUGAGAACAAUUUAUGACAAGCUACAAAAAUAGCGACGAAAGAAAACCUGUUUCGGUGGCGCAUUGAAACUUCAGCGCACAGCAUUUCUCACAGCCAGGGUGCGACGCUCAUCUGGUUUUCUGUAGAACUGAGACGUGGUGUGACAGUGGGCAGUCCAGCAUUUGAGAAACACUUCUCAAAACUAGCCAACCAACGGACACAUGGCAAUGAAUCAGAUGUCUAAAGUAAACUGUCUGACCCAAAUGUCAGGUGUAAAAAGGAGGAACCACUGAUCUCCUUCAGUUUUUGAGAAACUCACUUCAUUCUUGCUGUCAAAGUCCGCACUGGGGUUGUAUGGAUGUUGUGCUGACAGCAGGCUCUUGUCAUGGUGGAUUGGUAUGUCUGAGCCUGAAGCUAGCGUUGCUUCUCAGUUUCAUAUAGCAUGUUAGCAUAUGGCUAGCCACGUAUGGUGACGGAUCAGGCCAUUAUCCACCCCUCCAUCACCAUUUCUGGCCCCUACAAGGGGGUAUAUACUAGUUGGUAGUUAUUCCCCCUCACCCCGUCAUCUUCUCAUUCCUUUGUCAUUUAGUCAUCUAUCCAUCGGUCACAGUCAUCAGUUUAAGCUCCAUCUUUCGCUCUCAUCAGUGCUUACCACUUUCUUACAGUACUAAGCCCUCUCAAGCCGCUAGGCAGUUGUUUUGGUAGUUUCUUUGGUUGCAUGGAAUAGGCUUAACCGUGGAGAGGCCAGGCUACCACAAACUGAUGGACUUUGACAAGCGAGGAGUCGGAGGAGGAGGGGGAGGGGGAGGUGGAGGGGGAGGAAAGGGUGAGACAGAGGAGGGGAAGAGGAUGUCUGGGAAGACGGGGAGUCGAUCAGGGCAUAGUGGCCGGGGUGCUGGCUCCAACUCUGGUGUUCUAAUGGUCGGCCCAAACUUCAGGGUCGGAAAGAAGAUCGGCUGUGGGAACUUUGGAGAGCUGCGACUUGGAAAGAACCUGUACACCAAUGAAUAUGUCGCUAUCAAACUGGAACCUAUCAAGUCACGGGCACCACAGCUCCACCUGGAAUAUCGUUUCUACAAACAACUGGGAAGUUCAGAGGGUGUACCCCAAGUGUUUUACUUCGGACCAUGUGGUAAAUACAAUGCCAUGGUUCUGGAACUGCUGGGCCCCAGCUUAGAAGAUCUUUUUGACCUCUGUGACCGGACCUUCUCUCUAAAGACUGUGCUAAUGAUAGCCAUACAACUGAUAACUCGUAUGGAGUUCGUCCACACCAGAAGCCUGAUAUAUCGAGAUGUGAAGCCAGAGAACUUCCUGUUGGGCCGACCUGGCACCAAACGGCAACACACCAUCCACAUCAUAGAUUUUGGCCUGGCGAAAGAAUACAUAGACCCGGAGACCAAAAAACACAUCCCAUACAGAGAACACAAGAGUCUGACUGGAACUGCUAGAUAUAUGAGCAUUAACACACACCUAGGGAAAGAGCAAAGCAGACGGGAUGACCUGGAAGCUCUAGGCCACAUGUUCAUGUACUUCCUGCGAGGCAGCCUACCCUGGCAGGGACUCAAGGCUGACACUCUGAAAGAACGUUAUCAGAAGAUAGGAGACACAAAGAGAGACACACCAAUCGAGGCCCUCUGUGAAAGCUUCCCAGAAGAGAUGGCCACCUACCUGAGAUACGUGCGUCGGCUUGACUUCUUCGAGAAGCCAGACUACGACUAUCUGAGGAAACUCUUCACGGACCUCUUUGACCGAAACGGAUAUAUCUUUGAUUACCAGUAUGACUGGACUGGAAAGCCACUGCCCACUCCUAUUGGUCCAGUGGCCAGUGAGACUCCACUUCAGACAAGCAACCGAGAGAAAGCACCACAGACCAAGAAUCAGUCUCCAGAGGGGAAAGGCAGUGAGUCCCAGCCCACUCCAGUGACCAAUCGAGAGCUGCUGGGCUCCCAUCUCACUGCUGAUAGGCUGGGCGGGUCUGUCCAGGUGAUGAGUUCAACCAACGGUGAGCUGAAUACAGAUGACCCUACCGCAGGACACUCCAACGCACCAAUCACAGCUAAUGCAGAGGUGGAAGUGGCUGAUGAUACCAAGUGCUGCUGUUUCUUCAAGAGGAGGAAGAGGAAAGCUCUCCAGAGACACAAAUGAAAACAAGGGAUGAGAGAGAAACCCCCAGUCCCUUUUUCAACUUCUAUUUCUCCUUUUCUCUCUCUCGUGCUCUCUCGCUCUCUCUCUCGCUCUCUCUCACCCUCUGCAUAUAACCCUCCACCCUCAGUCUCCCUCUGACCCUCCUCCUCUGCUGUUGGAGGUCCUGUGGUCUGUCUUGGGUCGGCUGGACUGGCUGGACCGUCAUGCAGCAGAAUAUGUUUGCUAAGUUGAUCUACUGGUUUUGACUUCUCUGAACUGAGCACACAGACACAGAGCAACAUGUUCGCUGUUCCAUGUCGAGGCUGCAAAGGUGGACCAGCUGUACCAGCUGGGGAGUCUUCAUUUACAAACUGAACUGAAACUGGAUCAACACAAACUGCUGUGUGGAGACAAGUGACCAGUAAGACUGUCAAAGGCAUUUGAUUGGCUGACAGACUGGAUUCAGACUGGCUACUUCCAUCUUUUUGUUCUCUUUUUUUCUUCCUUACUGACAGGUUCAGAAGAGAGUCGGGUAUUUCUGAGGAGAUACACAAGAGAGGAUAACAAAAGGAUGAGAGGCAAUGAGACUGUCAGAACGCACACACACAUACACACACACACACUGGAGCUCAUCAUGAAGAGACAUCAUGGACACAAAGAUGCAGCUCUUGCACAUAGUCUAUAAAGUUUUUAUUCCCUAUGGUCGAUUGAAGUAUACUGUGGGCGGCUUGGUCUAUUUCCUGCAAUGGAUCAGACUCGGUGUACUUCUCAGAAUCAUUCACCCUCAGAGAAAAACCUCACAACCACCAGAAUCAAAAGUUAAAAGAUGUUUAUGUGAAAACUAUGCUUUUUCCUGUUUUAAUUUGUAACUAAACAGACUGUCGACAAUUUGGAGCCUGUGUUUCUUUCUGUCUUGAAUUGUUCAAAAGAUUUUGUGUUUUGUAGCUUUGAGUGUGUUCCUCAAAAUGUUUUUUUUUUUUUUUUUAACUUGUAUUUUAAAAUUUAUGUUUUGUUUUUUUUCCCUCUUUCUCUCUGGGUUGAAUGAUGGAAAGGCAGAUAACUCCAUUAAAAACAACCAAACAAAAUAAAAUCUGAUCUUUAUUUAAUGGA